AUGAGGAAGAAUUCACAGAUUGUUGUUGAUUUUACAGAUCAGCAUGAUAAAGUUCUUAAUCCUCAUCAAAGAAUUUUCCUUGAGGAUACGAAAAGAGUGAAGGAAAAAAUUGAGCAAUUAAAUCAUGGCAAUGGCUUGAAUUCUUUCAUGCGAAAAGAAGAAGAAGCUUCAGAUCCUGAUGAAAUGGAUAAACGUGACAGCUUUUAUCACACGACAAAAAGUCUUUUAGUUUUGUUUCAAAUCAUGGGAGUUAUGCCGAUUCAACGAAGUCCAAAAGGAACUGUUCCACGAACAUCGUUUUCAUAUACAUCACGAGUACAUUUCUGGGCUUACUUUAUUUAUGCGCUUGAAACUAUCGUCGUGUACACAGUUGCAAAAGAACGAUUUAUACAAUUUAUAUCGAAAAGUGACAAGAAGUUCGACGAGAUAAUUUACAAUGUCAUUUUCUUGAGUAUUCUUGCACCGCAUUUUUUGCUACCAGUUGCAAGUUGGCGACAUGGAUCUGAAGUAGCAAUUUUCAAGAACAUGUGGACUUCAUUCCAAUUGAAAUACUUGAAAGUGACGGGAACGACUAUCGAGUUCCCGAUUUUAUAUCGAAUCACUUGGUUUCUUUGCUUUUUUUCAUGGGGAAUUUCUUUUGGUCUUAUUUUGUCACAAUUUUAUUUACAACCUGAUUUUUAUUUUUAUCACACAUUUGCGUACUACCACAUCAUUGCUAUGCUUAAUGGCUUCUGUAGUUUGUGGUACAUUAAUUGCACAGCUUUUGGAUUAACUUCUCGUGCAUUCUCAUUACAAUUGAAAGCAACUUUGACGAAGAAUAAACCAGCAAAGAAACUUGCGGAGUUUAGAAAUAUGUGGGUUGACUUGAGUCAUAUGAUGCAGCAACUUGGAAAAGCUUAUUCAAACAUGUAUGGAAUUUACUGUUUGAUAAUUUUCUUCACGGUCAUUAUUGCAUCUUUUGGAAGUUUAUCUGAAAUCAUCGACCAUGGUUUUACAUUUAAGGAACUUGGUUUAUUUAUGAUUGUUAUUUAUUGCAUGAGUUUACUUUUUAUUAUCUGUAAUGAGGCACAUCACGCUUCACGUCGCGUAGGAUUGAAGUUUCAAGAAAUUCUUCUCAAUGUUAAUUUAACAACAGUCGAUAUUCCUACACAGAAGGAGAUUGAAAUGUUUCUUGUGGCGAUUGAGAAGAAUCCACCAACAAUGAACUUAGACGGUUAUGCAAAUAUCAACAGGCAAUUGAUAACAUCAAAUAUAAGUUUUAUGGCAACUUAUUUGGUAGUUUUAAUGCAGUUUAAGUUGUCAUUGUUGAGACAAACGGUCAAAAAAAGCUUUGACGGUAGUGAAGAUGUCAACUUAAAUUCUUAA